AUGGCCCGAGCGCGUGGAGAAGCAUUGGACCUGUGGGCGUAUGCGAUGGAGAUAAUCGAGCUUCAGAUCUCGGGCGGUCGCAAUACUCAGAGGCUUCUGGAGCUCCCGGGCGUAUCCAGGAUCACGUUUGACAUGUGCAGGUUUGGGCUCUCGGUUAGGCCUGGCACGAUUUCCAAGAAGCCAACCACUGUGGUCUCCAACGACUGUGAAGUUUACAGGGAACGACCGACCCAGUCUCAGGUGGAGGGCCACGAGCAGGACAACUCUGAGGACGAGGAGGAGGAGGAUGAGCAGCAGCAGCAGCAGGACUGCCCGUUGACUCAGGAGCAGAUUCGGCAGGCCACCAUGACUCCCAUCAGCUCCGAGGGUAACGCGUCUCCCGUGACCAUAGCACCAGCAGGCUCCAACGAGGUUCCAGGCCACCAAGGGGGCUCUCGGGACUCCAACGUGGGCUCCAACAACAUCGAGGCUCCAGAGGUACUGUGGCUCGAGCAGUUGCUGAGCCUCCUGCACCGCCACCGGGACUGCGACCUCCGACCCAGGAGUCAGAUCCUGCUCCAGCGGACCCUGCAGGAGCUCUCGGACAGGGCGGUGCUGUCUCAGCCGCAGCCGGACGACCUGGAGAUCAAGCGAGCCAGGCUGGAUCCUGACACACUCCGGUCCGCGACCGGAGGGGCUCCUACCGACGAACAGCUCAGGGGUUCUGGCCUACCGACACCCAUGGAGCUCUUGCCAAGGGCCGAGGGUCGGGUUCGCACCCAAAUCCAGGAGUUCGAGAACUGGCGGUCUCAGCAGAGCAGCGCUGCAGCCUCUUCUCAGGCCGGGCCCCUGGAGACGGGGUCGGAGACCCCGAUGGACGAGACCGGCUUCAGCGCUCUCGAGGGCUACUGCAAGGUGCUGGACUCUUGGUUCGAGGACUCCGGCUGGAGCGGGGACGUCGAGACCUACAUGAACGGCCGGAAGGAUCUGAUCUUCGAGUGCUCAGAGGACAGCGCCGGGCAGUGGUCUCUGCUCUCCUCACGCGGUGGGGAGGUCAAGCUCAAGGAUCUCUCGGCCCAGGAGCUCGAGGAUUUCCGACGAUCGGACGAGGCCGAGUGGGGCGUACUCAACAAGCCUAACGUGCUGCGGAUCCUCAGCAAGGAGGAGUCCACUCAUGUGCUUCGCACCCGGCCAGAGCGGGUGCUAUCGUCCAGGAUGGUACGACGAUGGAAGGCCCAGGAGGGUACGUUUAGUGCCCCAAAGGCCAAGAGCAGAUGGUGCGUGCACGGUUUUGCAGAUCCUGACACUGAGCAUCUAGUGACGUAUUCUCCGACGCCUCAGUCCGAGGCCAUGAUGCUUUUCGGGCUGGUACUCUUGGGCCAUGGCAUGGACCAGAGUAUAGUGGACUGCAAGAACGCAUUCAGUCAGUCGAGGCGACUCCGCAGGGCUGGUGGACCCAUCUACGUGGCUCCCUGCGAGGGGCUCACUGGCAUUCACGUUCCCGACGGGUGCCUUAUUGAGCUACAUGUCGCCGUCUAUGGUCUAGACGACGCCCCUUGGGAAUGGCACGCCACGAUCACCUCCUACCUACGCGACCUUGGCUUCAAGAAGUUGCUGAUGGAGCCAUGCUACUGGACUCUCCCGGAGCAGGGCGCCCUGAAGGCUCAGGUCCUGAUAGAGGUGGACGACCUUUGGCUGGGUACAGUUGCCUCCCACACGAGGUGGUUGGCCGACUCUCUCAAGGCCAGGUUCACCUUCGGCAAAUGGAGAGGCGACGAGGCCGAGUUUGCAGGACGCCGCAUCAGGAAGGAGGCUCACCGCAUUCGCCUGGACCAGGAGAAGUACAUAUUGGAGGAGAUUCAUCCGAUUGUCUUGGAGAAGGGCCGCCGCUCCAAGAGACAAGAGCCUCUGAGCCGCUCAGAGUUCGAGCAGCUCCGAUCCGGCAUCUACCGGAUCAACUGGGUGGCGAAGGAGACCCGUCCCGAGGUGGCGGGCACGGCUUCCAUACUCGCCAGCAAGCUGGAGCAGGCGGUGGUGGAGGACAUCGUUGUUUUCAAUCGGGCCGUCCAGAUGCUGCGUGACACCGCCUCGCAGUACCUGACCAUCUGGCGCCACGACCUAUCGCAGGUGGUGAGUUUUACUUUGAGCGACGCGGCGGGGAUUGGCACGGACUCACCCAUACAGUGUGCCUGGGCUGUGGGAGUGGCUGACCCUCAGCUGGCCGCCGGACUGACCAGCAAGGUGACGAUGCUUUCCUGGAGAUCCUCCAAGAUGCGUCGAGCUGCCAACUCAUCCCUGGCCGGUGAGGCCAACUCUCUCUGCCAGUCUCUUGGAGAAGCCGACUGGAUCCAGCUGCUACUUCGUGACGCUUGCUUUGGGGACGUUCCUACUGCCGACUGGCGACAGCACGCAGGCCCCUACGUGUCGGUGUUACGUGACAACUGCGAGUUGCACCGACCCUUGCCUGGAGUUCAUGCCACGGACGCCAAGUCCAUCUUCGACUGUCUCUCCAAGAACUGUGCUGGCCGGAAGGAGGACCGCAGGACUUCCGUGGACCUCGCAAUUGCUCGUGACUCUUUCUCCCAGCGGGGCUCGUGCGUGAAGUGGUUUCCUCACCUGCUCAAUCCCACUGAUGUGAUGACCAAGGCUGAUGUGUCCAAGGGGUCCGAUGCCAUGGGUCACAUGAUUCGCCGUGGGACUUUGACGUUGAGUGAUGCUGAGUCGGAGAGGGCUCACCUCUUGGCCGGUGGCGAGAAGGGCCGGCGCAGUCGAGAGGCCAGCCGCCGCUAUCUACAGGCGGAGGAGGCCGCCGCCGCCCGCCUGGAGCAGGCCCGGCGGCUGCUGCAGAGGGCCUGCCGGCGUGCCGCGCCCGAGGAGGGCAGCUCGCUCGACGCGCCGCCCCCCCCCAGCGCCGGCGGCCGGGGCAGCGUCUGCACCGCCGGCGGCGGGACGGCCGAAGGAGCCCGGGCUGGCGGCCGCGGGCCCAGGGUGUUGGGCGGGGGGCGCCACAGGGGCACCGUGCUGGCUCUGGGCGGCACGCCGGGUGGCGGCGGCGGCGGCGCGGGCCUGCUGGCGCGGAGCGACGGCGGCCCCAACGUGGCGGUGCGCUCUUCGGACUUGGCCGGCUUCGUGGCAGGG